UGAAAAAGUAAAAAGUUAUAUCUACCAGCUGAUUAAAGCAAUUCAUUGGUGUCAUAAAAAUGAUAUUGUUCAUAGAGAUAUUAAGCCAGAAAAUCUUCUAAUAAGCCACAAUGAUAUUUUGAAAUUGUGUGACUUUGACAGAAUCUUCAAAGCUAAAAACAAACUACUUGCAUCAUUAAAAAUAUACUCUGAGAACUUCCAUGGAGGACAGUGGUGAAAUCCUCUGCAUAUUGCCACUGGUUCACUGCCAACACAUGCAUGUUGCACAUCAAAAGCACGCUGCAUGUGCAUGCAUGAACAAUGCGCACCAAAUGUACACUGCAUGCACAUGCGCAGUGCACACCAAAUGUGCACUUCGUGCAGAAAAAGGAGGCUUAACAAGGUAAGUAGAACAGCGAGGGGGGGAACAGCUGUGCCAUGUGAUUUAGAUUCACUAGAAAGCAGGAUUUCCUGCUUUCUAGCGAAUAUAAAUCGUGCGGCACAGCUGAUCGUUGGAAAUACCGGUUCAGAUGAACAAGUAGCUUUUUUUAACUACUGGUUCACCUGAACCAGUAGCUUUUAUCACUACUGGUUCGCCUGAACCUGUGCGAACCAAUAGCAUUUCACCCCUGAUGGAGGAACUGUCUUGACCCUUUAUCUCCCAACCAAAUUAUCUAAACUUUGUUCUCUAUUGUUCCUUUGGAAUGCAGACCCUCUUUCUUGGGAAUCCAAAACACAUUCCAUCAUGUCAUCUCAGACUGCUAUCUGGAUAUCAUAAUUCAGUGUUCUAAACAGUAGUGUUCUAUUGGUUAGCAAUAUUUUUGUUAUUACUGGGAAAUGCAAUUUUACUGAUAUUAAAAUUAAUAUUUGUAUAGGUACUCCUUGACUUAUAACCACAAUUGGGACUGGAAUUUCCAUUGUAAGUCAUUGCAAUCAUAAGGCAAGUCAGAUCCAAUUUUACAAAAAAAUUUACAGCGGUUGUUAAGCAAAUCGCCAUGAUCAUUAAUCAAAUCAUGCAAUUAUUAAGUAAAUCCAGUUUUCCCAGUGGAAAUUUGCAAAUUGCAAUCACAUUACUGCAGGAUACUGCAACAGAUUGUAAAUGCAAGCCAGUUGCCAAGUACCCAAAUUGUGACUACAUGACCAUGGGUCAUAAAUGUGAUCACAGGUCAAAUCACUUUUCUGUUAUAACUUUAAGCCAUUAUUAAAUGGUAAUACGUCAAGGACUACCUGUAUAACUAGAACACAAGAAAUCUAUUUAUAUUCUUAGUAUUUUUCCUAGAGUCUUAGAGUGCUGAUCCCAUUGGGGGUAGGUCAGUCAAAAAUUCAAAAAAUUGUGAAAUGCUUCAGUAAAAGAGAUAAUUAAUGGCAGAGAAACUUAGCAUAUUUUUCAGAGUAUAAGACGUACCGGAAUAUAAGAUGCACCUUAAUUUUUGGGGAGGAAAAUAGGGGAAAAAAAUUCUGCCUACCAGGCUAGCGUCCUUAGCUUGGUCAGCUUCAGUAUUAGUUCGCUUGCUGGUUUUGAGGUUGAGGAUGGUUGGGGCUAAAAAACAUCUCCCAAAGCACAGCUGAUCGAUAAAGGGAGCAGCAAUUAGAAAAGUAGGUAGAACAUGGAAGAUCACUUCACUCGCGUUGGGGCUGAAAAACAGCUUCAAAAGCACAGCUGAUUGUCAGAGGGAGCUCCAGUGAAUAAAGCAGGCAAAGUACGGAAGGGGUAAGAGAAGGCAGCAGCUGUUCCGGGUAGCCAUUUUGGGCACUGCGCAUCACGUUUUCAGCCUCCAAACAUAUUGCGUUUUUGGGCAGUGAUCAGCGGCAAUGUGCUUUGGCAAUCCCUGCAGCCUUGAGGGAUUGGAGGCUGAAAACACGAUGCAUGGAGCCCAAAAACACAAGCCAUUUAAGUUGCAUAUCCAAUGAAGUUAUUAUUCUGUCCAAAGAACUAGAUGAGUGACGGCUAACCUUUUCCGAUUGAGUGCCCAAAGUGCACGUGCACGCCCGAACCCCAAAAUGCAGUGUACAUGCACCCCCUGCGCAUGCACAUGCAGCCCCCUGAAUGUGCCCUGCCCUCCCCCCAUGUGCAGCAGAGACCCUAAGACCAGCUGUCUGGCAGGAGGCGUGCGGCAAAGCUGAACUGGAGCGAUGGCUCACAUGCCCACAGAGAGGCCGCUGCGUACCACUUCUGGCACGUGUGCCAUAGGUUCGCCAUCAUGGAACUAGACAUUGAUACACAUAUAGUUUUGUAUAAUGUGCAAAAAAGUUUCUAUGUUUUUUGUUGCUUAAAUUGAAAUUAUUGGAUUUGGAAACUUUAAUAUUUCAUUUCAUUAAUGUACCUGAAUGUAUAUGGUGAUAUAUAAAGUAACCUUCAAGUACAAAUGAAUUUUGCAUUUCCUUUUAAUAUUUAAUUUCAAAUGGUCACGGUUUUUUUCUGGUUAAUAAAUAUGUUAUAAUGUUUUAUUCUUUCUAAUCUUUUAAAAACCUUAUCCAUACAUGGAAUUUCAGGAUUAAAAAGACAAUACAUUACUGAAUUACCAAUAUGUUAAGAUCACUUUAAUAUUAUUUUAAUGAAGGUUUUGCACGGAAUUUGUCAGAAGGUAGCAAUGCGAACUAUACAGAAUAUGUUGCCACAAGAUGGUAUCGUUCUCCUGAACUCUUGCUAGGGGCCCCUUAUGGCAAGUCUGUAGAUAUGUGGUCAGUAGGCUGUAUUCUGGGGGAACUUAGUGAUGGGCAGCCACUGUUUCCUGGUGAAAGUGAAAUUGAUCAACUUUUUACAAUUCAGAAGGUAUUAGGACCACUUCCUGCAGAACAAAUGAAGCUUUUCUACAGCAAUCCCCGUUUCCAUGGCCUACGGUUUCCUGCAGUCAACCAUCCACAAUCAUUGGAAAGGAGAUAUUUGGGAAUUUUAAGUGGUUUUUUACUUGAUCUUAUGAAGAACUUGCUGAAACUGGAUCCAGCUGACCGAUACUUAACAGAACAGUGUCUGAACCAUCCAUCAUUUCAAACUCAGAGGAUGUUAGAUCGUUCACCUUCACGGUCAACUAAAAGAAAGCCUUACCAUGGAGAUAGCAACACUUUAACUAACAGAAAUCAAUCUGGCAAAGGUACUGCUGUGCAGUCUCAUCACAGAUCAAACAGCAAAGAAUUACAGAAUGUGGGACUGCAAAGAGAAGAUGCCCUUUCAACAAAUGAAAGCUUUUUAAAUGGAAAUCUCCCUGUAAACUCUCACAGUCCAAUGCUGUCAAAAAAGACAAACAAUACUCCUUCAUCUGGAAGUAAAGAUCUAGCUAAUAACAACAUACCACAUCUUCUCAGUCCAAAGGAAGUAAAGACAAAAACUGAAUUUGAUUUUAAUUCAGAAGCCAAAACUUCAGAUGCUCCUGGUACUAAAUACCUGAAGUCAAAUUCCAGAUCACAGCAUAAUCGUCAUUCAUUUAUGGAAGGUUCACAGAACAAAACUGGCACACUACAACUGGGUGAAAGGCAUAGCCGUCACAGUUAUAUUGAUACUAUUCCACAAGCUUCAAAGAGCCCCUCAUAUCGCACCAAAUCAAAAAGUCAUGGAGCUCUGACUGAUUCCAAAUCUGUGGGUAAUUUGUCUGAAGCUAGAAUUCAAGUUUCAGAAUCAAAUAGCAGUAGGUAUUUUCCAUCCAGCUGUUUGGAUUUAAACUCUCCUACUACACCAACACCUGCUCGUCAUGCUGACAGUAGAACUUUGCUCAGUCCUUCUGGGAGAAAUAACAGAAGUGAUGGUACACUGGAAUCACGAAGACCAUCUACAAGACAUUCCAAAACAAUGGAUGAGUUAAAAUUGCCGGAUCACAUGGAUGGAAGCCAGUUACAUUCUGCAUCUGCUCCUCAUGAAUCUUUUUCUUAUGGUUUAGGCUACACAAGUCCUUUUUCUUCACAGCAGCGCCCUCAUAGACAUUCUAUGUAUGUGAGCCGGGACAGAGUGAGGACAAAGGGCUCAGAGGGUGGCUUAAGCGUAGGGCAAGGGAUGGCAGCCAGAGCAAACAGCCUGCAACUGUUAUCUCCACAGGUGCAACAUAAAUCUCUUACAAGAUCUGUUGGCUCUUCACGUGAAGAUUGCACAGAAGAUUCCAAUAGGGGUGGAACAUAUCGUGAUCAACACCCAGAGGAUGGAGCCUCCACAAAAGAAAAUAGACUUCUGUAUAAUGAUUCUGUACCUAGAAGAGUUGGUAGUUUUUACAGAGUCCCAUCUCCACGCCCAGAAGGAACAUUUCUAGACAAUAGUGCCUCAAACAGAAUACCUGCAUUGCCUGCAGAAAGCAGUAAUGUAACAAGCCAUUCAAAGAGACAAACUGCUUUUGAUUCCUGCUCGCACAAGCAUGAAGCCGUAAGUACCAGCCAGAAGAUGAUGAGUGAGAUCUCAUUGAAACGUCACCAAGAUGCUCUCAACCUUACACGGAAAAGUCCUGAAGAUACUCAUUCUGAACAACUAAAGGAAAAAGAAAAACAAAGUUUUUUCAGGGCAAUAAAAAAGAAAAAGAAGAAAUCUCAGUCAACAGAAUCUACCAAGAUGGAGAAUCCAAGCAUCAAGAAAUCUCUCUUUCCUCUUUUUAUUUCAAAGAAUCAUUUAAAGCAUAGCUCUUCUUUGAAAAAGAAUCCUAUAGUCACUCUACCUAUGAUGCCUGGAAGCGAAAGUCAGGAUCUUUUGGCAAUACAAAAAGCUAUUCACACAUCUAAUCAUCCAGCCAGCAGGCAGAAGGACUGGCAUUCUGAAAAGAUGACAGAAAUCCAAGGACAUAGUCAGCCUCUAAAAUCUUUACGAAAGCUGUUACAUCUCUCUUCCUCCUCCUCAAACCAUUCAAUUCCUUCUGAAGCCCGAUUCCAGCCUUUACCAAAUCAGCCAGCUAAAACCUCUUUUUCUGAAGUUCGAAUUCAUCCUAUGAGUCAAGCUUCCACUACCAGCAACAACCACCUACGCCAAGAAUCUCAAUCAAAAGGCAGAGCAGCCCUCCAGAUCACAAGCCAGAUGGAACCAAGCUGGCACGUAUCCCCAGGGAACAGAAGUGCCAGUGAGACAUCAUCAUACUCAGAUCAGAUAGCUUCAAAAAGUGGGCAAAAUGGGCAUACGUAUAACCGAACAAACCGAUCUCGAAUGCCAAAUCUGAAUGAUUUAAAGGAGACAGCUUUGUAAUUGUAUCCAAGAAAGUGAUAUUACAGGGGCUGAUUGAGGGAUAUGGUGAUGCCAAUGAUUGGAGUAACGAUUGUAUUUGCAGCUUUACAAAAGAGUGUGCAAUAUGGAAUAUGUGUAGCUACUACUACCACAUCAGUAGGGAUUGUAUAGCGAAAUGAACUUUAUAAAUUGCCAUUCACACAUUAUAAUAGCAAAAGAAUGUGCAAUUCAGGGAGAACUAACUAUUUGCCCCUUUCUCUCAGCUUACAUUCCAGCUUAAUCUGCACAUUUGUCUGAAAACUAUUUUGGCACUUUGGGGAAUUUUAAAAAAAUAUUUAAAUGUAUGCCCUUUUUAAAAACAUUGCUGCCUAAAUUUAAAAAAAAACUAAAUAGGGUUUAUGUGAUAUAUUUGUAUCCUUAGUAUGGUUUAAAGUUUUAGUUUAUUUGUUUUUAAAACUUCCAUAUUUGAUAAGAUUUGUAAUAUUUAUUAUCUAAUACCUUAUUGUUAUAUCACAUUUUAUGUUAUAACAUUAUUUGUAGCUGUAUGGAACAUUGUGAUGAAGUGAAAACAGCUAUAGUGGUUUCUACAAAAAUUAACAUUUAUUACAUCAGGAAUAUUUUAUUAUAAAAAUAUAUAUGUGUAUGUGCGUAUGUGUAUGUGACUAUAUAUAUUUAUAUAAUAAAUAAUUGUUUUUUUUAAAGAUAUUCACUUAAAGUAUCAUUAUGACACUAUCUGCCAUAUUUUUAUACUUUUGUGAUAUUAAGUGCAGUAUUAUGCUUAACAAUAAAUAAGAACUAAAUACGUAUUGAAGUAUAACAAUAUGAUUUUUACUCCCAUCCUAGAUGGAGUGUUAUGGGCCAUAUCCACUGCUGAUCUUCUGCUGAUGAGAGGUUCAUGAUCCAAUAAAAGGAAUCAAGUGUGCUAUGUUGCUUCUCCUUGUGGCUCUCGUCCCUACCCUUCCUCCUUUUUCUGCUAAUAAAAGCUUUUAAACUCAAAGAACCUUCUGUCAGUUGAACAACAACACUGAAUACAUCCCAUUAUAAUGCCACAAGUAAAACAAUGGUUUUAAGAUUUGCGUAGACAGUUUGAUUGGGGUAAUAGAUUAAAAGCUAAAAACAUAAAAUAUGAACAAUAGUGUUGCUUCCCCUAAAUGUAUAUAUAGCUUUCCCAUUCGUAUCAAUGUGAAAUAAGCGUUUGCAUAAUGGAGGUAGACAUCUAAUGUGCUCGCAAUCUUCUACCCAGGAAAACCGACUCAUACCAAGAAAUUAAAACAGAUGCUCUUCCAUUUAAUACAUGAGGUGAAGACCAAAGAACCACAGCAAGAGAUGCCAGUAGCAAACCAAAGUUGGCAUGACACAGCACUAUAAAUCAUGGUGUAAUGUUUUAACUUAACAUGGUCUCUACACUUUGUUUGGAAUAGUAUUAAACAGAAAGUAAGAUACAAUACAGAAGUGUAAGAGAGACUGUUGCACUUCCAUUUUGCUUCUAAAGUUUUAUAAAAAGAUAAUAUUGAUAUUUAAGGGAAAAAUCAUUUCUAAUGAAAUUUAAUCCCCUCAUAUCACUUAUAAGAAUAGUUCUGUGAACAUGUUUCACUCACCCAGUGUGUAUGAUAUUCUCUAAUUUCUUAUCAAAUCUUAGGAAUUUUUAAAAUGGACUUCUAAAUCUAGCUAUUUAUUUGCUUAUAAGAAAUACUCAGGAAAUUACUUGGAAAUUAUUUUUCAUUCAGUAUGGAGUUGGUCAGUGAAAAAAGAAUGAAGACAAUAGUGUCAGAACAAUACAUUUUAACUCUCAAAUGUAUACAAUAUAUUAUUGAAUCAACUCCAUAAAAAAUUGAUCUGGACAGUAUAUAAUUGGUGAUACUACUAAUAGAUAACACAGAUGAAUAAAAAGAUGUAAUCUGGUAAAUUUAUGUAUUUUUUUUUAAUUAUUACCGUUUCCCCCAGAAUAAGAUAUCCCCUGAUAAUAAGCCCAAUCAGGCUUUUAAGCACAUGACAAUAAGGCCAAGCGCUUAUUUCAGGGUUCAAAAAAAUAUAAGACAGGGUCUUAUUUUUGGGGAAACAUGGAAUAUUUCAAAGUUUUGAACACAGUAGUUACUCUGUUAGAUAAUCUAAAAUUUUCAGUGGUGAUUGUUGCCGUAUAGAAAAUAGGCAUUAUAAUAAUAUAUAAAAUUCAUGGCUAAUAUGUGUGGAAAACACAGGGCAGACUAUGACAGGGUGACUCAGGCAGUCAAUUAUGUUUGUUUAAUUCAUAGGAUGUCUUUUGUAAUUUAAUACACAGUCACCUCCGGUGUAUGUUCCCAAUGUUUCUGGUUGCAUAGCUGCAUUUUCCAGAAAAAUAAUUCCAGACUCAAAUAGUGCUGUUUGAAUGUGGCAAAUAGUUUUUAUUUGGCUUGUAUGUAAUUUACAGAGUAAUACUUCUUACUUUGCUAGUAUUUUGCACAAUUUAUAAGACUACUUAUAACUCUCUUGAUUCAUAGAUGUCUAACAGAAAACAUUUAGUAGUAAAUUAGAUAUACUAGAGAAUUGCUAUUUGUACUACUAGAUGUUUCAGGUAAGAAUACCCUUUUUAAGCUUAAACUUGAGAAUGUGUGAAUUUUAUUUUUUGGGUGUUCCAUAAAGAAAAUUAAUUCUUUUAGUAAUGUGUACAUUCAGAUCUGUUAAUAGAAAGAACAUUUCAAAGGUCUUGCACUAUACUUAAUUUAUGUAUCCAAGCUUUGUAAUUAUAUGUUAAACUUGAAAAUAUACAAAGAUGCCUCCUCCCCCCCCAAAAAAACCCUUCUUAUUGGUUAAUGGAGAUUUCUUAACAUUAUAAGAAGAGCAAAGCUUAUUAUGCAUUCAGCUAUGAUUAAGUGUGAGCUUUUUUCUUCGCUGAGAUUACAUAAGUACAAUGCUGUUCUCUGUACUUUUAUAAGAAUAGUGCAGGUAGUUUAGGUGAUUUGUGUUCUGAUAGUAUUGAAGGAGCAAAAGAAUCUAUUAUAGUUAUGUAUACUAAUAACUGCACACUCUUCCCUGGAAGGUUUGUUGUAUAUUUUCUUUUUCUAGAAAAAAAACGUUUGCACGUAAUUUAUUCAGAGCAGAUUUUAAAAAUGCCAAAAAGCUUUACUUAAUAAUUUUGCAAAAGUUCCCUUUUGCCAAUGAACUAUAUGGAAGCAUGGCUGAACAGAUUUUUGAAAGUAGAAUUCUACUUUCUGAAUCCUGUGUACACUAUUAAGAAGUUUUUCAUAAUAUUUCAUAUAUUUUCUAGUAUAAACAAUAUUUUUCAAAAGAUUAUUUUCCAUCCCUUAAUCUCAUUUUCAUUACAUUUUGAGUAAUUAAUAAGUUCGUAAAGGAAUUACCAUGGGAUGGACACUUUUGCCAUUCCCUGAAAAACAGUAGCUUUAACCUGGGUUGAAUUUUACAACUCAGUCCAGAAGGGUUGAUGGUUUCACAUGCUUAACAUAUUUUAUAUUUAAUUUUAUAUAUCACAAGGCUUCCCAUUUCUCUGUUUCUAAAUUCUCAGAUAUACUGAGCUCAGCUUUCCCUUUAUUUCCAUAGAAAUUUUGGAAAACUAAGGUAAGUUGCAUCCUUACAGAGAAAAAUAUUUAAUAUUUCAUGUAAUUUUUAAAAUAAAACUCCUUUUUAUUUCACAUUCAUUCUCUUUUCUAUUUCCCAUUUUUCUCUACCAUAUCACCCAAAAAAAUAGUAUUUCAUAAUCCACACUGGUAACUGUUUCCCCAUUGCCUUAAAUACAUUCAGCUUUUAUUUUUAUGCUGCAUAUUUCAAUUACAAUUGACACUUCAGUUGAAUUUUGUUUCAAAAAUAAUUUAAAAUAAGAUAGGAGGAAUAAAUGUUUUAAAAAAUUCCUUAUUUAUAAAACAAUUUAAAUUUGCAAAAGGAAUUGACAGAAAAAGUAUUUAUUUGGAAAUAAUUUAGCAUAUAUGAUAUAAGUGAGAAAAAAAAUGACCUGACUAAACAUUCUUAAUUAAGAAUAUGACAAUGAGGUUUUUUUUUGUUUUUUGCUUUUACUUGUUUGUGGUGUUUGCUGUAAAUAAUGUUAUGUUUGGUAUUAAGAAACUGCUUUAAUGCAGUGAAUUUCCUCCGAAGUGUACUUUAUGCCAUAUAUAUAUAUAUAUAUAUAUAUACACAUAUACACACACAUACACAUACACAUACACAUAUAUACAUACAUAUAUAUACAUAUACAUAUACAAACAUAUAUAUAUAUAUAUAU